GUGCUGCGAUUUCACACUUCCAACACUUCUUCUCCUAUCUCGCUAACGAUUGGAAUUUCUAAUGUCUUUCUCUACUACUGUGUGUUGGAACACGAAGGUAUCGUAAAGAAAACGAAUACUUGUCUCCAUGCAGAAAUCUAUGAAUUUCUCCCAUGUCGUUUCUUUUUUUUUUCUCUCUGAACAUCUAAAAGCGCGGUAAUAGCUACGCGCAAUUCAUUCGCGGUGCUUGCGUCAUCGAUCUCUGUUGUUACAAUAUUUGUACGAUGUCGUACGUAUUUUUAUUUAUUUUUUUAUCGUGAAUCGUUUUUUAAAUAUGAAAAUAAAUAUCAACUAUGUCUUAUAACUGUACGCGAAGAUGUAAAUAGUUAGUGAAAUAAUUGACUCGAAGAAUGUGUAAUAUCUUACGCAUUGUGAUUUUUGUAUAAUUAUUUGAACAAAAUUUAUCGCGCCUUUAAACGUACGGAAUUUAAUGGUAAGUAACAAUAAAUUCAGGUAAGACGCGCGGAGUAGUAUGCGUCAUCUUGGGAAAUUCAAGUUGUUGACUUCACAGAAACGAAUCUUACUGAAAUAAUUUUCGCCUGUCGUUUGCUGUAAAAAGUCUACAUUUUCGUUAAUCAGGAUGUUAAAUAAAACACUGUAAAACUAGGAGGCAUCUUGCGGCUUAUAAUUUGUAAAGGUUGGAUGUAGUAACCUAAUGGAUGUGCUGUAUUUUUAGCAAAAAUAUAUUAUACUAACUUUAAAAAGGCACUGUUCUUGUUUCAUAUCAACAGUAACGAUUAAAACGCACUCAGUAUAUAGGAUAUGUUUUGAAAAAAUAAAGUUGAAGUAAGUAGUAAAUACAUAUUCUAUUCCAAGGACUAGCAUAUAUCACAUGAAUAAGUUAUUCUGGUUAGAGUUUUUCCCCACUGAGCGUCUAAUUGCGUAAUACAGACAACAUAGUGCAUUGCAUGCAUAGACGAGAAUUUGAAUAAUAAUCCAGCUUAUUAUGAGUGUGGCGAACUAUAUUUAGAUUUUGAACAAUUCAGUGUAAGUUUCAAUCCCGAAGUUUAUGUGGAAAGUAAAUACAAUUGUGCUUGGAAUUCGUGAAGGAUUCAUGCAGUUUGCUUAUCUAUUAACUAUUUAAAUAAAGUAGAUUAGGAAGAGAUACGAUUUUUCCGGUCCGAUGACGAAACGCGUCCAUAAGUAUACUAUAACUCGUGAUGCAAAUGUUGCAUAGUGGAGUGUUGAGAUACAAUUUGUAUAUAGCAUAGAUACGAUGAGAUAGAACCGAUAACGUAAAAUACGUAUAAAAAGUACGUCAUGUCACUUGACCCUGGACCUUGAAGGAAGGAGUUGAGAGAUCUGCGGUAUAUAAGAGGUGUGCAUCGUCGCCAUCCGUCUUGUACAGUACAAUUGGAACUAUUUGUCGAAACAAACGAAAACCGUAUUCAAAUGGCGCGAGACUUACGGGAGGGUCUCCUACUGGGGAUGGGUAAUCCCCUUCUUGAUAUUUCAGCAACUGUAGAUAGCAAUUUUUUAAAAAAAUAUGAUUUGAAACCAAAUGAUGCUAUUCUUGCUCAAAACAAACACAAGCCCAUGUAUGAUGAAUUAAUUGAAUUGUAUCAGGCAGACUUUAUUGCUGGUGGUUCUGCACAAAACACUAUGAGAGUAACGCAAUGGAUCUUGGGCAAACCAAAAAUUGUAACUUACAUGGGCUGCGUUGGAAAAGACAAAUAUUCGAAAAUCUUAGAAAAUAAAGCACAAGAAGCUGGCUUAAAUGUUCGCUAUCAAUAUACCAAUAAAGAACCUACUGGUACUUGUGCGGUUGUUAUUACUGGAAACGAACGGUCUUUAUGUGCUAAUUUGGCUGCUGCUAAUUGCUUUUCAAUUUCGCACAUAAAAGAACCUGAAAAUGAAAAACUUAUAGAAGCAGCUCAAUAUAUUUAUAUUGCUGGAUUCUUUUUAACAGUGAACCCAGAAACAAUUCAAACAAUAGCUCAUCAUGCUUUUGAAAAGAAUAAAAUGUUUAUGAUGAACCUUAGUGCACCCUUUUUAUGCGAAUUUUAUAAAACACCUAUGCUAGCUGCUCUUCCAUAUGUUGAUAUUUUAUUUGGCAAUGAAACAGAAGCAGAUGCAUUUGCAAAAGUUAAUGAUUUUAAAACUACAGAUAGAAAAGAAAUAGCAUUAAAACUAUCUCAAAUGGAAAAAAUAAAUAAGAAGAGGCCAAGAAUUGUUGUGAUAACACAAGGUGCAGAACAAAUCCUUAUAGCCAAAAAUAAUACUGUAACAGAAGUUCCUGCUAUUAAACUUCCACAUGAAAAAGUUGUUGAUACCAAUGGAGCAGGAGAUGCUUUUGUAGGAGGUUUCUUGGCUCAACUUGUACAAGAUAAAAGCAUAAAUGUAUGUAUAAAAUGUGGUAUCUGGGCAGCAACUGAAAUUAUACAAAGAUCUGGAUGUACUUAUGAAGGGAAACCAAACUUUACACCUUGAUAAUUCUUAAUCAGUUAGUAAUUGUAAACUCUGUACUUAAUAAAUGCCUUAACAAUUUUUACCCUAAUUUCCUUAAAUAUGGAAGAGCUUUUGCUUUUUAUAUGUUUGUGUACAACAGACCC